AUGAUCGCGUCAUUCUCCGAAACGCCUCAGUUGUCGCUCCUUCGGAGUCGGGCCUUCAACGCGGAUUACCCUCUAUCAGGGCAGACACAGAAUCCAUGCAGGGAAACCGACGCUGACGUCCCACGCUCUUUCUAUACGCAGGCUUCAUCAACUAUCCGAGACUCUGGCGACAGUCGCCAGUACCGCCAGGGUCACUCACCGCAUCUCUCGAUAAGUGACGAAAACCAUCAUGUUACCGAAGCGAUUGGCGAUUUGUAUGGCUACAACGACUAUGAUAGGCGCGAAUCGAGGCCAUUGAGCUUUAUCGCAUCACAGUUUGGCGAGACUCUGGACCUUAACCCAAGCGCGUCAGCCGAGACGUCACGAAACACGAGCCCACGACCGCCAUUAACGAGGAUAGUGUCAAAUGAACGGCGACCCGCUCCGAUGGAGGCUUCGGGUAAGAUGCCUGUCGAGAGGAGCCUCUCAGGUGGUUCGAAUGGCAGUUCGCAUUCCCCAUCGCCCGCGGCGUCCCGGCGACCGUCCGAAACAGCUACCGCGCAGUUUCCUCUGAAUAACAUUGACUACGAAUCCAACCCGGCCGCCGUUGCGCAGGAGCUUAGCAAUCUCCAGGCUCUCCGGCGUAUGUCGAUGGAUGCAACUGGAGACGGCGAUCCCGAUCUUCCAUCCUUCAAUACUGGUCAGUCUGUGCCAUCACUCGCCCCUAGGCCUUCGAUGGACGAGGAUGAUGCUUCCACGCUCUUCUGGGUCCCUGCGCGAGUGCACCCUGAGCUGGCGCCCAAGGAAUUCAAGUCGUUUCUCGAGAAAAGAGUGGAUCAGAUCAAGCGACGUAGCGGAGAAAACUCACUGUCCCCCGAAGGCUUCCAACGGGCUGGCUCGGCCGGUGGACUUCGAAGAAAGAAAUCGAUGCUGUCCCGGCAAAUCGAUAAUUCUGGCGGUCAAGGAGGAGAGGGGUAUACCGAUGGCGCUGAAAGGCUUGAAAGGAAAAGAUCCUUGUCUAGCCAACCAGCUCGGACCUCUUCGAUCUCUCGUCUUCAAGAUCUGGAAGAGCUUGUCGGUGAUCCAUCAAAUCUCAUGCGACGAUUGAGCUUGGACUCGGAGAACCGUGGUGAUGCCGAAAGCACAGAAGUACCGAUCAGUGAAGAUAGGCCAAUCCUAGCCGCGCCGCUGGGACACUCUUUGAGAAGGUCGACACGAACCGCUUAUGGAAGGGGCAGUUUACGAAAGGGCGAAAGAGUGCCUCUCUCCAAACGGGCCGCACGUGUAGGCGCCGAGGAGCCGUCUCCAUCUUCGCCUUUGGCUACUGCAAGCAGCUCCAACGAUCUCAAGCUUUCAAGAGCACAGACCGACCCUUCUCCCGGCGCUCGGGCCAAAGCUGAUGCAUCGGCGCAGGCACCUGUUGCACCUCGGCGGAACGUGUCAGGACCCGAAGCAACUUCUGGUCCCACGUUGGAGGACGAAUCGCAAAAGCUUCCUCGGAAAUCUUUGGACGAAACGAAGGAAGCGCAGGCGCUGAUAGUGCAAGGCCACCCUGAAGAGAAGCUUCCUGACUCUCAUGGCAACCAGCCCAGCGUGUCCCCGCCGAGUUCCAAUGAGGCAAUUCCUCGUAUCGUUGAGACACCCCCGCCAGAAGAGGAUGUCCAGAACGACCAACACCCUAAGCGCUCCUCAUCUUUCGAACGGCCACAGGAAUCUGCCGGCCCACCCGCUCUCUCACGCCCUUCUCCUUCACCAGUACAGUCGCCAGUGCGGGCGCCGCCCCCUCGCACUUCUUCAGUUUCAUCAAAAACUCCUCCCACCCAGACUCUGAAGGAAAUGGCCGCCAAUCCCUCGCCGCUUCCUGGUAAUUCUACUAGAACAGAUAGUCUGUCUUUUAUCCCAACCUUUGCCGAGGAAAAGAAGACAGACAAGAAAAAGAAGGACAAAGAGAGCGGCGACACGCCACGGAAAUCGAGCUGGGGUUGGUUACUUGGCAGUGAGGAGAAGGAGAAGGACAAGGAAAGGGACAAAGAGAGAGAACGAGAGAAGAAAGAAGAGAAGAAGGAGGAGAAAGAAGCGUAUAAACGUUCUAAAGGGAAGCAUAGUCGAUCCUCUGAACGACCGCAUGAGAAUACUCGCCUGGACGUCCUUCAAACCUCAAUCGAUGGUGGUCGCGGACGUGAAAGUCUUGUUCUAGACCGGGAAAGUAUCAAGUUAGAUGAGGAGCGCAAAAAGGAGAGCACCAGAAAGACUUCGGGCGAUGCUAAAAAGGAAAAGGAAUCCGGCCUUUUCUCAUCCCUUUUCGGAGGCAGCAAGAAGAAGGGAGACCGUGAAUCGACCAGCAAAAAGAGCAAUUCUCUCCGUGCACAGUCUCCGGAAAUCCCGUACAAGCCCCUUCGACCUGAUGUCGAUUACAACUGGACUCGCUUCUCCAUCCUCGAGGAGCGAGCAAUCUAUCGUAUGGCGCAUAUCAAGCUGGCGAAUCCCCGGCGAGCUCUCUAUUCGCAAGUUUUGCUUUCGAAUUUCAUGUAUUCAUACCUUGCAAAGGUUCAGCAAAUGCACCCUCACGUGCAAGUUCCUCAAUCGCCCGCGCAGCGGAAACAGCAACAGUUGCAACAAGAAAAGGCCAAACGGGAACAAGAACAGCAGCAACUCUUAUUGCAGCAGCAGCAGCAGCAACAAAAAGCGGGACAUUAUCAAUACCAAGGUUAUCCAGAGACUUCAGGGUACGGUGGCGGAGGAGACUAUGCAGAGGACUCACAAGCGUACGAAUACGAUCACCAUAGCCAACAUCAACAUCCCCAAGAGCAACAGCAACAUCAAGGGCAAGAUGACUGGCCACGACCGCAAUCCCGCGCUUCACGACAUAAUAAUGCCGAUGGGCAAGCAGGAUACGAGCAAUACUACCAGGGCGGUAGCGACGCUCAACAGCAGCAUUACCCGCAACAACAAUACUACCAUCAAUAUCAAGCACCCGUGCUAAAUAACCCUAAUUUGUCCCGAGAGGAUGAGGGUGAUAACGAUGACGAUAUGUGGUGA